CCCAGGAGGACGACGAGGAGAGUUGGUGCUUGCCUUUAAAGAUAGAAAGGAACGAAGCUUCGUCAACCGGAGCUGUCCUGAUAUAUUAUGGCCUCGGGAAGAGGGGACGAUGCAUGCAGCUGGGUGCGUCGAGACACCCGACGGAUCGUGGCAUUCUUCCACGCCCCAACGUGCAAAAGGCACGGUGGCGGAUCUGAUUCAAGGUCAGGGCGAAGAAGUUCUGGAGAGUCGACGGGCGGCUUAUUCUGAUGUCUUCGAUCAUUCAGAGGAGCGGUCGGAAAAAUCGCCUGGGAGAGGCUAUCUGGGCUCAUAGUUCUCUGGACCACCGAGACACCGAGUGCAUGAAGCCUGUGCGAUUAUACUUCGGUGUGGACAUCGAAUGAGCUCGAGGCGUGCGACGCCAUCCCCGCGGUUGAAGCCAUGGCGUCGACGGCCGCCACGACCGUCGCAGCCGCUGUCACCGCGCUGCGCACGUGCGGCUUCGUCCUGCUGCGCGGCGCGCUCUCGGUCGCGCACGUGCGCGAGCUGCUGCACGGCUACCGCUCGCUGCCCGCGACCGCUCUGCCGACGGCCGCCCUGCGGGACGGCCGCAGCGAGCAGCUGCUCCCCUUCGCGCCGCCGUUCAGUGCGCCGCCGCUGCUGCACGACGGCCUCUGGAUGCGGGUGGCGGAGGCCAUCGGCGCCGACGCCCUGGACCUCGACGCGGUGACGGCCGUGCUCGCGCCCGAAGGCAGCCGCGAGCAGGAGCUGCACCGCGACGUCCUCGCCGAGCGGGGGGCCGUGGCCUCCGUGCACAUACCGCUGGUCGCGCUGCCGAGCGGCGGCGGCGAGCUGGCGCUCCAGCCCGCAUCCCACGCCGCGGGCGAGCCCUGCGACGCCGCGGCCGCGCCCGCGCCGAUCGGGGUUCCGAUCGAGCCCGGCUCCGCCAUCGUCUACGACGCGCGGACGUGCCACCUCGGCAGAAGCGAACCGACUCGUGCCCGGCGUACGGCCGGUGCUGUACCUGCUGCUGCGCCGGCGCGGCUUUGGUGGCCUCGGCUGAUCGGCGGGGCCACGACCGGCUACGAGCCGCGCCAGUUGCUGCUGCGGUACGGGCGCGCCGGCCUCGAGACCGUGAGGAGGUACCGCGCCGAGUUCCGCGCGAGGCGCUCCGCGGUGCUCGGCGGCGCGAACAGGUCUGCAGCGGCGUGGCUCCUGGGGCAGGACGACGAGGACGGGUCCGAGCUGCUCUUCCCGCUGCUUCGUCCUGGGCCCGGCUCCCCGCGUGCCCCGGGAGAGGGCCGACGCGACGAGGUCUGAGCGUGACCUCGAGCACUCGUAUACUUACACGUGCUCCUGCGAGGGCCUCGUGAUUCUGUAUCCCUCCAGCUCUCCACUGCGUGCCCACACAAGUAGGCCGUCGACGGAGCUCACGCAGUCCGCAAGCCGCGGCGCGCGCGAGCUCCCGAGCCGCUCCCGCCGCCGCCCUAUAUGGCGCUUCCCAAGGGCUCGCUCGCACAAGACCGCCCGCCUCGCUCAAUGAUCCGGGGCGCGGUCCCACCCGUGCGCCUGUUUUUUUGUCUGGGCCAGAGCCUGGGCGAGAAUACUCGUGAUCGCCCCCGCCCCUACCCCCCCGAUCACGUCACGCUACGUCAUCGCGAUGCAGCCCGGCAGU